AUGGUAUCAGUAAAUGCUGUACUUCAAUGUACUGCAACAGCUGCUUGGAUGUGUAUAUUUGGUAUCAGUAAAUGUUGUACUUCAACAGCUGCUUGGAUGUGUGUAUGUGGUAUCAGUAAAUGUUGUACUGCAACAGCUGCUUGGAUGUGUGUAUGCGGUAUCAAAGAUGUUGUGGAAGAUGAAGAAUUUGAAUAUCCUUCACCUCCCCCGAUAUUUCUCAGCUAUCAGUGGGGAGUUCAAAAUGAGGUGAAACUCUUGAAGCAACACCUAAACAUGGCGUGGUAUGAAUGUUGGAUGGAUAUUGGUCAGAUGAGAGGCGGUGACAAACUAUUCAACAAAAUUGACAGUGGUAUCAGAGCUGCUAAAGUUAUCAUUUGUUGCACGACGGAGAAAAAUGCACAGUCACCAAACUGCAACAGGGAGGUAAACCUAUCAGUAAACCUAGGAAAGCCAAUUAUACCAUUACUGAUGGAAAAGAUGGCUUGGCCACCAAAAGGAUCUAUGGGACCAAUCUUCAGCGAAUAUUUAUUUAUCCGGUUCUUUCAGAAUGGUUAGGAAACAGAUGACCAGAGGUACUGGCUUGCUAAAUUCCAGGAACUGUUGAUGCAAAUGAACUUUUAUGCAGUUCCUGAUCCGAAACUGAUCAAACCAGUUUAUUCGAAUUGGUGGAAUCCAAUUGUAGAAGAUAUCAAAAUUGACAAAAACAAAAAUGCCAGCGGUACUAAGAACACAACGAGCAACAACACAGCCGCGUUAAUAAACGUUAUCGAUAAUGAGCCAAGCACUGAUGUUUCGCCACUGAUUUUCCUGUCCUACCAGUGGGGGAGACAACCACAGGUUAAAGUAUUGUAUGAGCGCUUGGUUUCCCUUGGUCACACCGUCUGGAUGGACAUCUUUCAGAUGGGUGGGGGAGAUUCUCUGUACGAUAAAAUAGAUCGUGGAAUGAGAGGAUGUAAAGUAGUUGUGUCGUGUGUUACACCGAAGUACGCCCUGUCAGCAAAUUGUAGACGAGAAGUGAGCCUGGCUGAUGCGUUGAAGAGGCCGAUUAUACCUCUGUUACUAGAACAAAUGACGUGGCCCCCAGACGGUCCAAUGAGCAUAAUUUUCACGGAACUGCUUUACAUCAAUGUCUACCGCGACGCAGACAUUCAAACGAAGUGGACUGGACCAAAGGUCGAAGAAUUGAUUGGAAAAUUGAAGAUAUAUAUACCAGAUAAAAUGGACGAAGGGUCUAAACAAUCCAAAGAGAACGGUACAGGUAAAAGCAAUGUAUCUGGAAAACCAGGAACUGGCAAACCUAAAGCAUUAUCCGCGACUGCAAAAGCAAAAGAAAAUGAAACAAGUAAACCAAAAUCUGAAGCGAAUUCAACCAGCAAUCAGAGCACUGAAAAAGCAAAAGAACAGGAGACAGCUAAACCGGAAGCUGAAAAAUCUGCCACGCAGUCUGAAAAUGUCAAAAAUACUAAAACUGAUAACGAACAAAAGACAGAACCUAAGGAAAUGGAAACCAAGAAAACGUCAAAAUCAUGCGUUUUACUGUAGGAUAACUAUAGUAAAUAUUGCUUUAUCCGUGAUUAAAGCAUAAGUUAGAUCAUUGAUUGACCAGAAAUGAUAACCUUUUCUUCUUUGUUUGUUAUAGAAAAACGUUACAAAGUAGGGAGAUGUACUGUUAGGUGAUUUCUAACUUAAAUAGACUUCAAUUGUAUAUCAUUUCAGUGAGUUCAUGUUCAACUUGGUCUUUGUAUUUAUAGUCUUACGAUUUUUAUCUGUAAUAAAUCAAGGAGCAUAGUAUUUUAUGACGAUAAAACAACCUGCUGCAGUGAAAUUCGAACCCAGGUCGCUCGGGGGCUAGUCCAGUGCUCUAACCUUUGAGCCAAAAAGUAGAUCCCUGACGCUGUUGUCAGAGAUUGGCUUUAAAUCUGCAGGAUAGCGUAAGCGACAGUAACAGUAGAAUAAUAAAAAAUUGAUCCACAGCUCUCUGUCAUUUUAAAAAUUAGAAUAUUUAACAUGCACUAUUGUGCAUAAAUGACUUAUUUUGGAGAGAAAAGCAGAGCAAAUAUGAAGGAUUUUUGAAAUUAUAUAAAACAUAAAAUAAUGUUUUUACUAAUAAGUUGACAUGUUUUACUCACACCUUUUAAUUUAUAUUUCAUUAUUAUCAUUCUGGAAAAGGAUUAUUAUAGCUUAUUGUUGAAACAAUUUUUGAUUGUAACUACUAGUUCCAGUGGUUAGCAGUUCUAAGUAGAAAUACUUUUAAACUUCUUUCCAUAAAUGUUAACAUGUUUUCUUUACAAUUUCGCUGAGAUUUUAUACAUGUACUUAGUAGAAAAUAUAGUUACAGCUGAAAAGUUUGCUUCGUAGCUUUAAGUGAUAUUCCUGGUAUAUGAUUUAAUCAUUUGUUGAUUUUUUGCUAUAUUAGAUUAUCAGCCUAAUGUCUUGAACUGCGUUUGGAUAGUGCUAAAUAGCUACUGAAAGAAGUAUUCAAUACUUAAAAAUAAAUUAGACACGGAUACACCAACAUACUGUGCAAUCUUCUAUAUAGCAAACUGUGUCAAAGGGUCAUAACUGCAGUAAAACUAUUCAGAGAAAAAUUUCCUUUCUUUAUGGUUAUCUGCACAUCAAUCUUGUGCACCUGUGAAAGUGUGAAGCAAAUCAGUCUAAUAGUCUGGGAGGAGUUGGUCACACAUUUUUUUUCUCUUUAUUGCAUAUUAUCAAAAACUAUCAAGGUAAAAUAGUCACUGAAAAAUUCCAUCCUUUUUGGUAAACUAAACCUCAAGCUUGUUCAUCUGUGAAAGUUUAAAGCAAAUCAGGCUAAUACUAUGGUAGGAGUUUGACACGAAAGAUUUUUCUCUAUAUUCUAUAUAGCAAAAACUCUCAAAGGGCCAUAACUGUGGUAAAAUAGUCACAGAAAAAAUCUAUCUUUAUGAUCUGUGAAAUUCUGAAGCAAAUCAGGCUGAUAUUGUUGGUGGAUUUGAACACACAUAAUUUCGGACGGACGUACGUACGUACGGACAGCAGCAACGCUAUAUGUCCCCAUAGAUGUGUGUGGAGCAUAAAAAUGAGAUUGAAAACGAAAACUGUCUUUUGUGAAGAAGUGGGGAAAACACCUAAAGUAGAGACUUACCCUAAGCCAUCUUUACACAAGGGACACACUCUGUUUAAAUAGUGAAAUUGUUUAGCGAACACCGUUUGUUAAUCCUAAUCCUGUUCAUGUUAUAGAAAUAGUAGAGAUUGUUCUCUUUCCAGCAGUAGCCUUUUCAACAAAUUUUACCUUGUGAAAUUCAAUGAGUUUUGACUUUUUCAAAAAAAUCGUCUGUUUGUUGACAAAUAUCACCGCAGAAAAUAUCACUCUUUCCCCAGGACAUUAACUUUUUUGAUCUUUACACAGUUUUCUAUUCAGAUUGCUAAUAUGUGUGGCAAUUAUGCAUGCCUUUUACCUGCACAGAGGAAAAGUGUGUAGUUUGCAUGGGGUACUAGGCCAAUAGCCACCAAAGCCUACAUUUACAUCUAAGUCAUAGCGGAGUUGUCUCCAUUUUUUUCAAAUAUUUUACCCGGGAUCAUUUUUUUUUUUCAGCUCAAAUAACAUUUUUUCUAAAAAUGAUAUUUAAAAUUUUUUUAGUCUACAUACUUUGAUGCAGUUAGGUACACAUAUAUCUAAGAUAGAUACUUCAUACUAGAAGUUUGUAUUUUUUGUUACACUGCCUGCCUAAAGAGUGUCAAACUGAUCACGUGUUGGUCAGUUUUCCGAAACUAGAUCCAUAUACUAGUUCAUUUCUAAAUAGAUUUUCGAUUUUAUUCAAUAAGAGAUAGUAUAUGAUUUAUUGUAUAUUGAUGAAAAAAACUCUACAAAUUCGACUUCCUCCCGGUUUUAUCCCGGUGGAUACACUUGUAGCGAUCGAUUUAGCUGCUUAUGAAAUGUCACGAUAUGUCAUUUAAUAAUGUACCGUGCCAAAUGCAUUUCCUGUAUUUCUAGUUAUUUUUUAUGUUUUUGUGUGAUACACUGUUUUCAUCAAUUUCAAAUUAUUAACAUAGCUCAGUGAAACAUAAAAUUUUAUCAAAGUUGAA